CCCUCCCUCCAUAGCUUUUCAUUCCUUGGAGGAGCUAAAGAGCUCCCUUUUCUCUCUCUCUCUCUCUCUCUCUCUCUCGGUAUUUCUAGGUUUUCGUGGGGAGCGAUCGACCAUGUCGCGUCUCACGGAUCUCGUCGAUCUUGACAUCUCGGGCAGCAAGAAGGUGAUCGCGGAGUACAUAUGGAUCGGCGGAUCGGGGAUGGAUCUCCGGAGCAAAGCCAGGACCUUGGAUGUCCCAAAGGUGGAAGAUCUAAAGCAGAUCCCAAAGUGGAAUUUCGAUGGCUCCAGCACGGGCCAGGCUCCUGGGGAGGACAGUGAAGUCAUUCUCUAUCCCCAGGCGAAAUUCAAUGAUCCAUUCAGGAGAGGCAACAACAUCCUCGUGAUCUGCGAUGCCUACACACCGACCGGCGAGCCAAUCCCUUCGAACAAGAGGGCUGCUGCUGCGAAGAUCUUCAGCCACCCGGACGUUGCAAAAGAGGAGACAUGGUACGGGAUUGAGCAAGAAUACACGCUCCUUCAGAAGGAUGUGAAGUGGCCUUUGGGCUGGCCGAUUAACGGAUAUCCAGGAGCUCAGGGACCAUACUACUGUGGAACUGGUGCUGACAAAGCCUGGGGCAGAGACAUUGUGAACGCUCACUACAAGGCUUGCCUAUACGCAGGAGUCAAGAUCAGCGGCAUCAACGGGGAAGUCAUGCCGGGUCAAUGGGAGUUUCAGGUUGGCCCCGUCGAGGGGAUCUCGGCCGGCGAUCAACUCUGGGCCGCACGAUACAUCCUCGAGAGGAUCACCGAGAUUGCAGGGGUGGUCCUCUCAUUUGACCCGAAACCAAUCGAAGGAGAUUGGAAUGGGGCGGGUGCCCACACGAACUACAGCACCAAGUCGAUGCGUGAAGAGGGAGGCUACGAGGUCAUAAAGAGUGCCAUCGAGAAGCUUGGACUGAGGCACAAGGAGCACAUCUCGGCCUACGGCGAAGGCAACGACAGAAGACUCACUGGCAGGCACGAGACAGCGAGCAUUCACUCCUUCUCCUGGGGCGUUGCGAAUCGUGGCGCGUCUGUCCGCGUUGGUCGCGAUACUGAGAAAGAUGGGAAAGGAUAUUUCGAGGAUAGGCGCCCAGCUUCCAACAUGGAUCCAUACAUCGUUACCUCGAUGAUCGCCGAGACCACAAUCUUAUACAAGCCGAGUAAGAGACACUUUCAGCAGCUGCAAUAAAUUCUUUUUGUUUUUACUUCUCCAAACUCGCAAGGCAAGCUCCCAUGUUAUCGAUUUGAUUCCAAGGAAAUAAUCCUGGCAACGGUUCAUCGCGUGGACAAUGCAAGCGAGUGACUCCAUUCAUUGGUUUGAGAUGAGACUCUUCUUUUGUCCUUUGAUAUAUGACCAAUAUAAACUUACACAAAGAACCCUAUUCGGUCA